AUGUUCAAGUCUCGCUUUCCAGGAUAGUUUAAUAAUGGAGUAAAUCCAAUGCAAUUGCAUUAUAAUCCUAUCGACCAUGUUGGUUCAAUUGCUAGGUAUUGAUAAAUAUCAAUUUUAAGUUUAGAAAAGCACUUAUAUGUGUUAUAACUUCAAUUAUAAUGUUAUUUUUAAAAUAUACCAAAACUUCAGAGAAAAUCUUAAUACCAACAUUAAAGACUCUCAAUGCACAUAUAGAGUAGUAUAUUUUGAAUAUUGAUCAAGGUUGA